AUGGCCCAGCAUACCGACAUCGCACGUUCAGCAAUCAUGACCUCCGCCGCGCAUCCCGACUUGUCUCAGCAUCGGAACGGGGCCUCGUCUUCCAACGGCACUGUCAGGCCCGGUCCCGGCAAGGACUCGACUCUUAUGCCUCCCGCGAAGACUCUGGUCGGACGAGCGCUAGGCAACGAGCUGCAUGCCGACGCCCACAGGGCCUCCAAGGACGGUGUCGGCUGUGCCCUAAGUGACACUCCGAUUUCUACCGCUCCUUCGUCUCCACAUCACGCCGAAAACACUCAACCCUCAACCCCCGGCCGCGUUCGUGCCACCACCCUUGAUAUUCCGGGUCUCACCAAAUCCAAAGUCUCUCCCGACGGUCGCAUUGCCCAGCGAGAUGUCGGUGCGAAACUGGUCAUCGUCAUGGUUGGCCUCCCCGCGCGGGGUAAGAGUUACGUGACCAAGAAGCUCGCUCGCUACCUGAAUUGGCUCCAACACGACACCGAGAUCUUCAACGUGGGAGAACGCCGGCGUGUGGCCGCCGGUAAAUCGCCCUCCCCGAUAGGGCGACACAGAGACCACCGCACUAGCUCCAUCCACAAGGACCUGAAUACCUUGCCGCCUCCGGCCGUCCCUUCGAAGAUCCUCAUCAACGGCCAAGAGGAAGAGCCCUCCGGCCUCUCGAACGGCAGCUCCAUCAUCCCGGCCGAGCUCGCUGGCCCGCAAGACCAGUUGGCCAUGAAAGAGGCGUCGCCGGAACCCUUGGACCAGUCCGCAAGUUUCUUCGACCCCCAAAAUCAGCAUGCCGUCAAGCUGAGAGAGCAAGUGGCCCUGGACACCCUGGAUGAGCUGCUGAACUAUAUCUUGGACGAUGGUGGCAGCGUUGGAAUCCUCGACGCCACGAACAGCACCAUGGAGCGCCGCAAGGCCAUCGUCGACCACAUUCGCCAGCGUGCUGGACCCGAGCUCGGUAUCUUGUUCCUGGAAAGUAGCUGUGUCGACCAAGAAUUGCUCGAAGCCAACAUGCGCCUGAAGCUCUCUGGCCCCGACUACAAGGAGCAGAACCCCGUGAAGGCGCUGGAGGACUUCAAGAAGCGUGUCGCCCUGUAUGAGCGGUCAUAUGUCCCGCUGGGCGACUACGAGGAAAAGAACGGGAUGGCCUACAUUCAGAUGAUCGACGUUGGCCGCAAGAUGGUAUCCCACCAGACCCAUGGUUUCCUCUCGUCGCAGGUGGUUUACUAUCUCCUCAACUUCAACCUGUCCCCGCGCCAAAUCUGGAUUACGAGACACGGCGAGAGCAAAGACAACCAGGCCGGGCGCAUCGGAGGUGACUCGGAACUCAGUGAGAACGGUCACCGGUACGGCAAGGCGCUGGCCAAGUUCAUCGAUCACCAACGCAAGCAGUGGGAGACCGUGCAGAGGCAGAAGGAGAUCAUGGGACAAUUCCCGCCACGGGCCGGAGAUAGCACUCCUCCCAACCCGUCGUACAUCCCCAGGGAUCGGCCUCGCAACUACUGCGUGUGGUCUUCCAUGAUGCAGCGUUCGGUGCAGACCGUCGACUAUUUCAACGAAGACGAUUACGAUGUUAAGCAGAUGAAGAUGCUGGACGAACUGUACGCCGGCAUGAUGGAAGGCAUGACGUACGAUGAAAUCCGAGAGAAGUUCCCAGACGAGUACGCCGCUCGCCGCAAGGAGAAGCUGUACUACCGGUACCCCGGACCUGGCGGAGAAGGGUAUCUAGACGUGAUCAACCGACUCCGCGCGGUGAUCAUUGAGGUGGAGCGAAUGACCGACCACGUCUGCCUGGUGACCCAUCGAUCCGUGGCUCGUGUCCUGCUGGCGUACUUUAUGGGUCUGAAGCGCGACGAAGUGGCCGGGCUGGAUGUGCCGCUGGGCAUGCUGUACAUGCUGGAACCUAAGCCGUACGGCGUUGACUUCAAGGCCUACCGAUACAACCCAACCACCGAUUGGUUUGAUCACAUUCCCGACUUCGCGUUGUGUCAAGCAACUGCUCAUUAA